CCUUGCAUAUUCGCCGCAUUGGCCGUUUACCACUAUGGUCAUCUCGCUCGCACGCACAGUGUAAACAAAAACGCGGAACCAGUUUUCCAGUGUUGCUGUUGCCCACGGUCAGCGAUAGGCACAUACAAAAUUACAUGUACGCGCGUGCAUAAGUAUGUGUGUAAAUAGUAGUGAAAACUAUCGGCAAGCGCUGUCGGGAUAUACAAAUGUGGGAAAAAUUCAGGCAAUCGCUGGCUGAGCAAAAGAGUUUCGAAGCGGUCGCCGUCGUGUACGAAUGUAAAACGAGCGUGUUCGCUUAGCGUAGUGCGUCAGCGAAAAAAUGAAUAAUUAUACUAAUAAGCAUAUUGAAGACAAAUAUAAAUAUAUUUGUUAAUAAAUAAAUUUAAAUAAAGCAGUGUUUGCAACAAAGUGUGUGUUUGUGCUUUCGGAAAACAAAUAACAAGUUUGUGAACGAAAAGGAGCAGCAGCGUUUGCUUGUGCGGCAGAACGUUGGCGUCGCAGUUAUUCUAACGCAAUCGAACGACUUUUAUGAAAGUAAAUCAUGUCAGAAUGCGUUUAGUUAUAGUAAAAACUGUGUAAGCGGCAGCGAAAAUAGUCGCCUUCAAAAAUAUAUUUACAACACUCAUUACGUUUUAUUCACCACACGGCAUUGUCAACACUCCAGCUGUCAAACUGACAAACAAAGAGAGAACUCAAAUAACUAUGCGAAGGCAGGCAGCAAUUAUUUCAUGAGACAGGCAGAAGGAUUGCAAGUAAUCCAUAAGCUGUGGUGGAUUUCUGCAAGCAAAUCUCACAACUGAGCGGUUGAGAAGAAAAAGAGAGUAAGUGUAGACAAGCGAGACCAUAUAGACUGCGCGCGUGUGAGCGCCAAGAGCGAAUGACUACAGCAAAGGCUUGCUGCCUGACUUCAACAGCCUGUGAAGCCUUGCCAAACGCCAGCCACUGACAGAACAGAGCAGCACAGCGAAGGAAGCUGUCAACGGGCAUUAAAACGGACAGCAUUGCGUGUGCUGCGAACGCAAAUAAAAAUUGAUGUGAAAUUGUUUAUAAAAUUGCAUAUAUUUGUGAAAUUAAAACGAAUUUGUAGAAUAUAAUUAGAGAAAAUCGAAAAAACGCGCACAAAACGGUAAUAGUAAGCAUAGUGUAAACCUGCUUCAAGGUGCACACACACCGAAUUUUUGGGUGUGAAAACGAAAGUGAAAAUUUAGCACAUAAACGAGAAACGAGUGCGCGCGUACGAGGCGACAGUGACGGCGGCGGCAGAGACCACCUCCACUCCCUAGUGACGGUGGGUAAUAGUGAGGCGCGCGCGGUUAACGGUGUAUCGUACGACGUGCGUAGAAAUUGUGGAACGCGUUGGGAGCCCAACGGAAAACGAGACAUCAGGUCGUCAUUGCAGUGUUUAAGUCUUUCGGCAUUUGAGUCCAGUCUAGUAAGGAUGCUGUGCGUCGCUGUGACUGCUAAAGACACAACAAAAACCGUUGAUUUAAUCAUUUGCGCGUAGUGGCAGCGAGGAUAGACGGGCAUAAUUCUAGCUAAACAGCAUACUAGAGGCACGACACUACACAAAUAUACAGGUUCAGUCAUAUAUAAAUAUUGAAAUCGACAAAUAAAUGCAGCGAAAGUUUACAACUACGCCGUACUGCGAAUUCCCUUCGCGCUGUGAUUUGUACGUCACGUGAAUAGAGCUGUGUAGCGCUCACGAAACAAAGAAGGUCUCCAAUAAGCGAAUGACGUCUAGCGCCUGCAAAUAUGCUAUAGUCAACGAUUUGGCUUGCACAAAACAAAAAAAAAAGUGUCGAGUGCAAAACAGCUGAGCGCUUUAGACAAGGGCAGGUUAACGCCUAAAAGUGUGCUUAAUAAUAGUCGGCCAGCUUGUGCGUGUACGCGUGUAAACGGGCGAAUGUAUGCAACGUAUUAUGUAAAACGGGUAGUAAAGAAAAUCGACGCGAAGGCUGUGAGCUAAAUCAAAGCUAAAACACAGCAAGAGUUUAAGUUGUGAAACUUUGGAAAAGAAAAGAAAAAAAAUUAAUUAGAAAAAGUUUGAGGCGCUCAAAAGUAUGCUAUACUUUUGUUAGAUAUGCAAAAGUGUAAAAAGUAAACAAAAUAGGGAAAGUUUCUGAGUGUAACAUAUAAUAAAUGCUUUAAAAUACAAAAAAAAAGGUUUGCGCUGCGCCUAAAAAACGGCAACAUUUUUAUGACAUACAGCGAAACAAAAGCGUUUAAGUGGCUCAUAUAUAAUAUAACAGCGAAAACUAAGUGCUUGAAAUUAUAAUACGAUUUCGCCUAAAACUGUGCUACUUUGAGCGCUACAGUGUAAAUUGUGCUGUCGUGUAACUUUACAAAAGGUCGUAAAUGUGCUAAUGCUUGAUGCAAAAAAUAAAACAUUGCAUAUACUUAUAUACAACGCACACGUUUGAGCGCCCAAAAGUCUGCUCCGUUUUAAGUGAACAUCAACUAAAUUUGUUAGGAGAGCGAGAGAGCGUCUGGCAGUAAUUUUGGCUUGCCAAAAUAAAUUCUAUUAAAAAAGUCAUAAAUAACGCAGCAGCACGUUUUACAGCACUCGUGCAUAUGCACGCAAACACAUACAAAUACAUAUAGGAAAUCAACUUUAAAAAAAAUUCACCGCACUGUUCAUAUGUACAUCGCUUGCGCGCUCUCGCAACGCGCUCUCUCAUCGCCUUGCUGCUUGAGUGCGUAAAUUAUUGUGACGUCAAAAGUCAAAAUUAAAAGUUUUAUUCCUUUUUUAUAUACGCAUGAGUUUUGCAUUUAAUUUGAUUUGUGUAAGCGCCUAAAAUUAGACAAGUGUUGUGCGUGAAAUGUGCAAAUAUUUGCUAAAAAGCGGUAUAAAUUGUAGUGCAAUCAUAAAUAAACAUCAAAUAAAUACUGAUUAGCUAAAAUACAACAACUAUAGCCGCAACAUCUUCAACACGCAAGCAAGUAGCGAAAAUUGUUCAGCAAUAUGGAGCAACCCAGCAUAUUGGUGCGCAUUUUGCACUCAAUACCACAUGUGAAUUACACUUUUCAGCGGGUGAAUGACACCUUCAAUCCGGACAGUGAUGUUUAUCUUGAGAGCUUGGGCAUACUCGCCUCCAUACCCGCCGGUCUACUCAUAUUAUCGCUCUUCGGUCUGCUAUUAUAUCUGCUGACGCGUUGUUGCGAUCGUAAGCCACGCAAACCGAGCGCACAGCGUUGUCAGAGUUGCACAUUAGUCAUAAUUACAUUGAUGACAUGCGCGGCUAUUGGUUUAGGUCUCUACGGUAACGAUGAUUUCCACAAUGGCCUGCUGCAGGCUUUUAGUUCCGGCAAACAAGUCGAAGGACUCGUGCUCAAUUUAAAAAGACAGACUGAAUUAAUCAAAUUUGAUCUCGAAAUAAAAAUGUCCCAACACAAACUCGAACAACAAAUCGAAAAAGUACAAUACAAUCAAACAGCCGUUAUGCUGCUAAUAGACACGUGUCAAUUGGUGCGCGAGAACACCUCCAGAGCCGUUACCAGUCUCGAUAAUAUGGUUUUAUAUUUUAUGAAAACGAAAGGCAGCGAAAAUGAUACAUCACUAAUGGGAUUAUUAUAUCUCGGCGAAUUAUACGAAUCAAUCCGUUGGCCCGUAACACUCGGCUUCCUCACAUUACUGCUGCUGCUCUGCACUAUAUUGGUGAUUGGUGUGGCGCGUCGGUCGCGCUGUGCGCUCAUCUUCUUCAGCGUAUCCGGUUUAUUUUGUAUUAUCAUCUGUUGGCUGUUGGCGGGUAUUUACCUGGCAUCCUCGGUGGCGGCGGGUGAUUUCUGUAUGCGUCCACAUGAAUUUAUGUGCCGUCAAGUGGGCAUGCGCAGCCCAUAUGUAUAUUUCCUCAAUUGCGGUACAUUGCGUAAUCGUUUCAUAUUGCGUUUGAACGAGUCACGUGACUUGGUGGAACGUGCGCGUGACUCUAUUUAUUUAAUACAGCGCAUGAGCCAAGAAACGUAUCCCCGCAUCGAUGUGCACAAAACGCUCGAAGCCAUGGAGAAUGAUCUCGAGGAGACAAAACGUAAUCUUACUGUACUCUCGGCCACACUUGAUCGUCGUGCAAUCGAUCGGCAUUAUGCCGAUGCCUUGCACGGACUCUGCAGUGGCGGUCUGCUCGGUUUGAGCCUCAUGAUGGUCGCCGGACUUUUGACUUCGUUUUUGCUCACCAUUUUGGUGUAUGCCGAUUCGCAUGCUUGGAUCUACUUGAGCAAACGACCCAGCUCACUGGAUAUUGAUAAGUCUGAAACCACGCCGCUUUUCCCAUCGAACGCACCGAGCGCUAGCAUUUCACCCACCGCACCACUGCAUACGGGCACCAUGAAUCGCACACUACCGCACCAUCAGCAAACGGCAACGCACGGCAUCGGCGCUGGCAGUGGCAUUGGCGGCAUUGGCAGCAGCGGCACGCUGGGCUCGCAUCGCAAUGGCACCGCUGGAAUGAGAACAGGGUUCGUCGCUACAUCAUCACCUACAACAACUACAACCACACUACAAUACAACAAUCAUCCACAUAGAACUAACGCUAGCGCUGGCAUUGGUGGUGGUGUUGGCAACACUGGCACUGCCAUCGGCUUAGUCGGCUCGGCCACCGGCAUUUUGGGCGGCCGUCUCACAGCUGGCGGCAGUGCCGGUGGUAAGGCAUCACCAUCGCCACCGCCGGGUUAUGAUGUUGUGGUGCAUGGCACAAGAUCGGGUCAUCACACACUCGGCCGUCUACCCUCGCACCAUCAGCAGAACUCAUCGGGCUAUCUGAGCGGUCCCAAUAAUGGCAAAUAUGCUACACUCAGCAAACAGUGUAAGACUCUCGAAUCUAGCGAUUUUUACUGAGAAUCGCUUGCCUGCAACACAAAUGCAGGCAUCAGCAACACCAACAACGUCAACCUUCUCGGCAGCAACAACAUCAGCAAUCACAUCAAGCAACAACAACAGCAGACCAACUCAUUGAAGAAUAUCUUCGCUUCGGCUACAUUACCACGUUCGGCUGGCUCCUCCAUACGCUCCGUACUCUCCGCACAAGCUGUACAUCGUUCCACCGGUAAUGGUUUGGAUCGUGACGAUGAUCGUGAUCCACGCGAUGUCACUAAUAACAGUUUCAAUCGUUUCGAUCCGAAGUAUAUUAGUAUUGGACCGAAGGCGGUGCGCGGCAAUAACAAUUUGAAUAUUGUCGCCGCCGCCACAGCAAAUAAGUGUGCCACGCUGCGGCAUGUCGGCCGCUACGGUGGCUCGUUGAAGGGCGCCAGCCCCUCGCCGAAUCUGCGCAGCGCCAAGACACCCUCCAUUGCGACCGUUUCGAAGGAUUACUGCCAACAACCGGACUGCAUACCGCAAACCUACACGACCGAAGUAAUUGUGCCACAUCAAACGCAGCAACAACAGCCGCCGCCACCACCGGCACCGCUGCCACCACCAAAGCCGCGUACCACUAACACAUUCACCGAAAUACCGGGCACUACGGGCGUGGGUAGCUCCUAUGCCAAAGAACAGCAACAAAUGUUGAUGCAGCAGCAGCAGCUACAACAAUUCCAACAACAACAGCAGCAGCAUCAACAACAACACCAACUGCAGUUACAGCAGCAGCAGCAGCAACAGCAAUUAGCCGCAUUACAAGCAGCCCAACAACAGCAGCAACAACAAACACAACUACAAUUGCAGCAACAGCAGCCGACGCUACAUCAGCAGCUGCACCAACACCACCCGCCCACGACACACAUACUGCCAGCCACGGCGGUCUACAGCAUUGAGACAUCGGGCUAUCAGCCGCAGGCUCAGCAACAGCCACAACAGCAGUCCUCGGUACAGCCACAGCAUUUACAGCAACACAUGGUGGUUGCACAACAACAACAGCAGCCACCGCCUACAGCCGCGCCACGUGAGCCACCACGACCACCGCCACAGCGUUCACUAAAUCCGGCUUCCAUAGUAAAUCAACCACUGCCGGAGAUACCACAGCAGGCGCAGCAGUCGAAGAUCUCACCACAACCGCUAUGCGCAGCUAACCUCAAUCAGUAUCGCUCAUUACAACGACCACAAGCGCAGAAAAUGCAACUGCCCAGCAGCGCAAUGCCGGCGCAACAGCAGCAACCACCCUCGUUGCCGCCAAAGAAGAAAGCGUCGCGCGAGAUUAGCACAUCGACGGCGGGCGGCACCUUAAACGCCAAUCACUUGCAGACUUUGCCACCAAAAUCGGCCAGUUUGCGGCAGCAACAAAACGCCACCAAUGCUUACAGCUACGAGCGCGAGCGCGAACGUGAGCGUGAGCGCGCAGAACGCCACGAACGUCCAAGACGCGCGGAAACGCUCGAUAAUGCGCGUACUGCCAGCAGCGGCAGUAUGGCUUUUAUUGAGCAACAAUUCAGCAGCGGUGGCAUGAAGAAGCAACACUCUUAUGAUUCGUAUACGCUGCAGCAACAGCAGGCCCAGCGGCAUGCGACUGCAACCACGCCCAACAAUAACUACCAUGGAGCAAUCGGCAGCAAACACCAACAACAGCAGCAACAAUACUUAAUUGAGGCACAACAGCAGCAGCUGUACUAUCGCUCGCUGAAGCGCGGCGGCUCGCAUGCCAACAACGAUCUCUACUCGGUCACAGAAUUGUAGGAGUGUGCCUGCUGCGGCGGCGGCGUGGAUGUUGUGCGGCGUACGACAACGUGUGCCACAACAGUUGCGCCGCCAGCCGCAGCAGCUGCAGCCGCACAAACGGCCGCACCGCCACCCAUACCAUUGCCGCCGAAAAAGCAUCGCUCCUCAGCGAGCGUAGGCACUGCAACGAUGACGACGCGCGACAGUCAAACCACUGCCAAAGUCACGACUACUGCCGCGACGACAAUGACUUGUGACGAACACGAAUACGAUGAGUACUGUCCCGAGCAAUACGAUGCGCAUCAUCAUCACCAUCACGGCGCUGCACAGACACAAGCGCAAACACAGACGCAGUGUGAGCGCGACCGAGAACGUGAACGUGAGCGUGAGCGAGAACGCGAACGUGAUGCACAUCAUCGGCACAGCACAUCGCGCGCCGGCGCUGCCGCCUCAGCACUGAAACACCAACGUGCCGCCACAUUCGAUGUGGCCGAUGCGCGCGACUUCGAACUGCAACGACUGGGCAAUCGACGCUCACAACAGCAACAACAGCUGCAACAGCAGUUGCAACAAGCAACUGGCGGUGGUGGUGGUAGCAGCAGCAAAUACCGCAGCAGCGAACAUCGUGGUGAACGUACACACGAUCGUGAACGUUCGCGUAGCGAUCACCGCAUUUCCACCUACGCCUGCGACGAUACAGCGCUUUGCGGCAGCAGCAUCGGCGGCCAUCAGAAUCAUCUCGCCAAUGGUGGCCUCACACAAUCGAGCAGACAGCAGCGGCGCGAAAAAACGUUCAAAGUAUGAUUUUUAGAGACGUCAUAAAAAUUUUCCCCUCCCUCUACGGAAGCGUACGGUAAACAUGCGACAGCGGCGGCGGCUUACAGUUGGUAAAUUGUUGCGACAAUGAAUCAGCAUGACAGUCCGGCGGCCAAGCGUCGGGCAGUGUUGAGCAACCGCAAUGUGGGCGUGUACUUGUGCGUUAAGUGGAGGGCAGUGCGGCAGCAGCGCGGCGGAUUUAUAAUAAUAAUUGUGUGCAACACACCACAAUUUUCCAACACCAAACAAACAACCAAACAAAAAAUUAAAAAACAAAAGCAAAAAAUUAUCACGACGCUUCACGCUCGUGUUUUUAUUGUUGUGUUGCCUCUUUUAGUAAACGAUUAGCGACAAAUUGGCAUCAACCAAAUCACUAAACCCAAAAUAUGUGUACGAGUGUAUGUAUGUAAUGCUGUAACUAGUUUCAACACUAGCGUUGUUGUUGUGUAGUUUAGCUUAGUAUGUUUUUGUAAACAGCGCGUAUGCGACGCUGCAGUAUGUUUGUAUGUAUGUGCUUAUUUGAGAAGUUAUUAACGUUCAAAAAUGCGCACAAAUUUUAUGUAAAAUAGUUUUAAAAAGCAAAGACAAAACAAAAACAACAACAAAUUAAAAGCAGCCGAAGCGCGUCAUUUAUGUAAAAUUGUUUGCUGGCGAAAACGUGUGUUGCAAAAUUAGGUACUUGAAAAAUUAAUUUAGCAUUACAUUUUUAAUUACGAAUAAUUUUUAAUUUUUCAACUAGAUUAUAAAAAAUGCUUUUUUAAGAGUUUUCAGCAAAUAUUUUCGUGGUUCCUAACCUCAAAAUCACUCAGUUUAUAUUUUCUACAUUUAUAUAUGCAGUUAUAUUAAAUUUUUAAACCAAUUCUGCAAAGCACAAAUAAAAAAAUAUAUUUUUUGACGCAAAUAAGUACCACAGCGCGGGUGAUAAUGGAGGCAGAGCAUUGUUUUUAAAAACCAUUUACAUGUUCGAUGGAAUUUUUUUAAAUUGUCUAUGGUAUUUAAUAAUUUAGAAUUUCUACUUCUGAUAUUUUACAUUUGAAAAUUAAAAAAAAAAAUAUUAAAAUUAAUGCAUAAACUUUAAAAAUAAAAAUUCAUUCUAUUCACUCUACCAUAAACAGCAUUGACAAACAACUUCAAAUACAGUGCUGCCAAUAAAUUAUUAAGGUAUAAAUAUUUUGAAGCUUGAGCUAUUUGUUUACAAUUUUUGCAUUUUUUGUAUUUAUAUUUAUUUAUUUUUAUUUUUAAUUUAAUACCAAAUAUUUUGAAUUGCAAAUUAGUUGUAAACAUUUAAUUGAAUGAUUAAAAUCAAAUAUUUUAACGAUAAAAAAAAUUAAAUUUUAAUUAUGUAUGUGCUUAUUUAAAAUAAAAAAUACUUUAAUUUUGGUUUAAUUAAAAUAGUUUUUAAUAUUAAAAAAAAAUUAAAGCAGGUUUUUUAAAUUGAAAAACAAAACUUAAUAAUGUGUUUUAUAAUUGAAAAAAAAAACUUAUAUUAAACAUUUAGAAAAAAAUAUUAACAACUAAUUUGCAAUUAAAAACAUUGAAGAUAAAAUUUAAAAAAAUAUAUAUAAUUAACUAAGUUUUUUUAUUAUUUUUGCUUCUAUGCUAAAUGUAAAGAAAUUUUAAUUUUAAUUCAUAUAUUUUUAAUUUAAACUCAAACAUUUUUAAUUACUAAUUAGUUGUUCAUAUAUUUUUAAAUUAUUUAAAGUAAAUGUUAUACUUCAUUUUUUUCAGUUAGUAAUAUUUAUUUAAUUAAAAUUUUUAUAUAUUUACAUUUUAUUUUAUUUUUCAAUCAUAAAAAAACUAUUUUAAUUAAUACUUAGAAAAUAUUCGAUUUUUCUUUUUAUAUUUUAAUACAUUAUAUAAUUUUUUAAUUUUAACUCAAAUAUUUUUAAUUACAAACUAGUUGUUAAUAAUUUUUUAAUUAUUUAAAGUAAAUACUUCAUUUUUUUUCAUUUGCAAAAAAAAUAUUUUAUUUAAAUCUGUUAUUUUAAUAUUUAAUUUUAAAUUAAUAUUUUAUUUUAGUUUUUAUUUUUUUAAAUAGGAAAAAUAUAUAUAUAAAAAUUUUUCAAAAUUUUAUUCAAAAAUACUUUUAUAAUUUUUUUUAUAAUUUUAUUUGAAAUAGUUUUUAUAAAUAUUUAUGCAUAAGUUUAAAAUUUUUUUUAUUUAGAAAAGUACAAAAGUAAACGCGCUUUCGCCAACAAACUGUGACGCGCUCAAAUUACGCACGUACAGUACAUACUAAUACACAUGCACAACAUUUCACACAAUUUCGUUUAAGACUUUCAAAGAUAGUUAUUUAAUUAAAUCUGCAUUAAAAUACUUAAGUUGAUACAUAAUAUAUGUUGUUGCAUUGAAGGGUAAUGAAUUGUCUAAUAUAUUACCGUUAUAUUUGCCAUAAGUUGUUGAGUGUUGCCCAUUGUAUGCAUUUGUAAUUUAUUAGUUAUAAUUUGCAUUUUUAGUUAAAAUAUACUUAUAAAAUACUUUUACUAUAAAUUUAUAACACUGAUAAUGUCAAAUAUUUAUUUAAGUUAUGCUGUAAGUAAUUAAACUGUGUAACGCAUAAUUUUAAGAAUUAGUAAACAUUUUCCAACCAAACCAAAAUACUUUCGUACUGUGCUUAUGAAUUAAAAAAAAUAAAUACUUUUCACACUAACAAAAUGGAUUUCACACUAACGCAGUGCUACUACAAUUGAAAUAUGGCGCAGAAAAUAUUAUGAUUUAAGAUGUUAUUAUUAUUUUUUUGUAUUGAUAAAAUUUUAAAGAAAUUUUGAAAUUUGAAAAUAUUUAUGAUUUUAAAGAUUAUUAUAAUUUUUUGUUAUGGCAAUUUUUUAAAGAAAUUUUGGAAUUUUAAAAUUUUUUUAAUUUUAGAUUUUAUUAUUUUUUUUUUUUUGUAAUGGCAAGUUUUCAUACAGAAAUUACAAAAUUUUUUUUUUGUUCGAAAACUUAAUUAUUGUACACAGUUGUAGCAAAAAAUUAUGAUUUUCUUUAGCACUAAAUUGAUGCUGGCAAAAUAUUGAUAAAACUGUCAUGUAUACAGAAAUUUCCUCAUACCACAUAACUAUCUAAAAUCUAGUUUUUUAUUCAACCACAUUUUUAUUUAAAUUAUUAUUAUGAAUUCCGAAGUGUGUAAGCGAAAUAAAAUUUUUAUGACGUCAAUAAAUAAAAAAAACAACCGAGAGAAAAAUGAACUAAACAUGUAAAAAUUAACGGUGGCAAAGUUGUGCGAAAUGAAAUUAAUUAUUAUAAAAUAAAUACACUGUAAAUUGAUGAAAUAGACACAAAUAAAAUAGAAUUCCAAAUAAAAUAAAACCAAAUAAUUUUCAAAUAACUGUUAAACUAUAACUUGUAAAGCAGUUGCGAGUAACGGGUUUCUUACAUAAUAAACAACAACCGUAAAGCGUUGCCAGCGUGUAAGUGUAAAAGUAUAUUAGUACACACAGUAAGCUCGCAUUGCAAUAGCAUUACAUUAAAUAGACAUGUAAUGAGUAGUGAAUUUUUUAAACUCAAAAAUCCGUAUUCAGGUCUAUAAUUGCAUUUAAAAAACAAAUAUUUAUAUAUAUUACAAUGAUAUACUCUAGUUAAAGCAUAAAACAUAUAAAAGUAGUUAUGACUAUUUAGACUAACAAAGAAGCAAAAUAAAUACAAUUUUUAACAAUACACACCGUUUAAAAGUCCCGUUUUCAUAUAGUUAAUGCAAAAUUUGUUUUUAACUUUAAGCGCUUAAGUUUUAACGCCAAGUGUAUAUGUAAAUAAUUAUAUAUUUUUUAAUAAUUAAUGUAUAAUAAGCGAAUUUGCACACAAAUUUGAAUAAAAACAACAAACUGAUAAUAAUUUACAGUUAUUAUUAUUUGCUUUGACAGACAAAGCAUGUAUGUAAAGCUUUUUUGUUCGUUCUACUAUGUUUUUAUGUUUCAUAUUUGUUGUGACGAAAAAUAUUUAAACCAACUGUAUAAUAAAACACAAAUUAUAAAAAUAAAUGGUUGACGACUAUAUAGAACUGUUUCAAAAAUCAAACUAGUUUUAAAAAUAACAUAACUCACACAGUAAACAAUGUACAUAUGUAAAACGCACAGCAAACCGCAACAAAUAUGCAAACAUUGGUGCAUAUGUGCCGAAAUUGACCCCAUUUUCCCUUUAAUACAAAAAUAAUGAAAUCGAAAAUUUUCAAACUCUCCGCAUAACUCACUACUAGCACAUAGUUUACCUGACGCUUUCCACUUGUCAACUACAGUUGCAAUGCCGUUAGCCUUCAACACUCCCCACACUAAAACACAAACCAAAACAUGCUUACCUGUGUAUUUGUUUGCAAAAAUGUAAAAAAAAACAACUCCAAUAAAUAUAUUAUGCGUAAGCUUUGCGCACUUUCUCAAUUAGCAUAGUUAUUUCCCUCUCACACUUUUACGCACCCACUGUGUCUAAAUGUACGCGCUGUCUGUUAACAUACAUAAAAAACUAAAUUACAUGCAGUUGAGAAAAUGUCAUACGAAAAAAGUCGCGAAAAUAUAAUCAAAGCAAAUAAAAUGUUGAAAAGUAAAAUUGUGGACUUAUUAACUUGUAGACUCUGAGCAAAUACUUUAAAUAGAAAAAAACAUUAAACGAAAACAAAAUUUAAAUAUACAAAGUAUGUAACAUGAAACAUAUAGCAUAAGUAAGCGCAAAUUUAGAGCAAACAAAUUUUUCGAAAUUACCCCAGUAAAUUAUUGAAUUUAAAAAAAUUCUCUGCUGUGCAGAUGCAAAUAAAUUAAGUGUAGGACAAAAGCAUAUUUAGAAACACAAAUAUACCGCAACAAAUGCACACAGGUUUACUAAAAAAAAGAAAAGCCGACAGUAACUUAAUCACCACAGCAACAAAAAAACAAAUUACAAUUUUUAAAUAGCAUUAGCAUAUACAUUCCAGCAACAAAAGCUUAGAAAUUGUUUAAACAAACGAGAAAAAUAAUAAACCACUAAAAACAUAUUUUUUCAUAUUGAAUUAGUAAUUAGCGCAACAAAAACGACCGCAUAAAAUUUACUAAUUUUUUUCAUAAACAACAAACAUUGCGCUAACUGCAAUUAAUUAUUUUAUUAUUAUUAUUUUAUUUAUUUUUUUUUUAUAUAAAAUCCAGAUUUCCAAUUUUCCAGUUGAUUUUUGCUCAACUUUACUGAACAUGCAUAAAAAAGCUAACAAAUAUGCACAUAGACUAGUGAAGUGUUAAUCGAUAACAAUAUCGAUAUUUUUUACUAUGCAACCGAGCUGAUGCAUUCAUGCAUUGAUUCAAAUUCGCUCGAACUAUUUCAAUUAUUGCAGAAAAAACUAUUGUAGCCAUCCAUACAUAGAACUUGUAGUACUAAUGAUUUAUUUAAUGUAUAAAACGAAAGCGUUAAUAAAAUGUAUGAGGUACUUGAAGCUGAGCUGUAAAUAGGUAAAUUAGUGUAGCGUAUUAGAAGUGGUUAAAAUAGAAAUUACAGGAAUAUGUAAAAUCAAAGAAACCAAUUAACAACAAACUGGAGUAAAUACUAUUUUAUAGACUAAUGUGCUAGUUAAGCGCAGUUUUUUCGUUUUAUGUAUACAUUGUAGUUGUUUGUUUGCUUGUUGAAAACUCGUUCACAUCAGCAUUUUGCCACGAAGUUUGUAACAUAAUUUGCGAAGAAAUUGUUCAGAUUGGACCACUAUAGCAUAUAGCUGCCAUACGAAUUGUCCGAUUAAAAUCAAAAUAAAGAUCUUUGAUACUGUGAAGGGUUGUUGUUGUUGUAGCGGCAGAAAACAUUCCCGAAGUUUAUUACGUGAAUUGGUGCCGAGUUAACAGUCCUCAGACGGAUAAAAAUCCGGAUUCGUUGCGGUUACUUAAAUCCGACUGUCGUGAGAAUAGGUAUUAUAGCUUUGGUGCAGGCGAAGUAAAAAAAAAAGAUCCGGGUUGUUCCGAUUACUUAGACCUUCUGGCGUGGGAACAGGUAUUAUAGCUGCGGUACAGGCAAAGUAAAAUUUUCUUCUUGUUUAUAGUAAAUAUGUGCAAACAACAUGUUUAUGUUCUAUUCACACGCCUAAUGAGUUUAACAAAUAGCAACAACAUUCAAGGUUAUACUAUAUUUUCCACCGUAAAAGUAGAAGAAUUGCAUUUGUUAGAAACCACCUUCAGCAUUCCCACAAAUGCAUAGGCAAUGAGCAUAAAAGUUUAACUUUUUCCAUACAAUUGUUUUUAUAACGAAGUGCUUGUAUAAAAUUAUAAUUAUGGGUCAUGGCGGCAAUUGAAACAAAAACAAAACUUUUUAAUAAUUAAGGGUUCGCCGUUUUGUGAGUCUGUAAUUUGUUAAUAAAGUUUCUUUAACAAAAAAAAAACAAAACGACAAAAAGCCAAGCUAUAUAAAUAUACACAUUAACAUACAUAAACUUACAUGUAGUGGAAUUAUUAUUACAUAAUAUUAUAUAUUAUUGCGCGAUAAUAUUAUAAAUAAAUAUAUCCAUAUAUUACGAGUGUACUAAUGAAAAAAGAACUUAUUGCAUACUCGAUAAAUAAAUUUAAAGCAUGCAAAAUGCAUUAGGCUAGUUAUUUAAAUGUGUAUGUACGUUAACGCAUACGACAAACGACAAACACCGUCAUUCGUAGUAAUAAUUAUAUAGUUAUCGAUAGUUGUCAACCAACCAUUGCAACAUUGAAAUGAAACCAAAAUCAAAUAAUGUUAAACAAAUUGAAUUAAAUGAAAUUACUUUAAGUAGAAACUUGAAAUACUUAAAUAUAAGUGAAAGUACUUUGAAAAACUAAAAUAAUUAAAAAUAAUAAUUUGAUAAACAACAAAAAUCAACAGAUUGUUUGAGAAAUCAUUAGGUUCUAAGUUAGCAAACAAUUGCAAUUCAUAGAUAACGUAGUAGCAAAAUAAGUAAAUUAUUAAAUUUCAAAUAAAUGAUUACAAAUUCGUAAAAAGUUAAAACUCAAACCAAAAAUAUAAAUUGUAAACAAUUAAUGUUGUAAUCAAAAAAAUAAAACAUAAAAAUAAUAAUAACAAUAAUUAACACCGACAACGUUGAAUGCUUCGCAGAUUAGUGACGAUAGGAGUGUAAUAAAUGAAAAUCAAUUAAAAAAAUAAAUGGACAUUUUCCAAAAAUA